AUGGCUGCUGCAGCUGCGGCUUUUGCAGGGAAAGGUAUUGCAACUUCAGUCAUCUCCUAUAUCAUCAACAAGGCCUUCGAUUACCUGAAGGAUAACAAGAAAGACGCAGGGUUGAAAAGUACCAAGAAAAGGCUGCUGGAACUGGUUCCUCAGAUCCAAGUGAUCUUUGAUGCUGUCGACACAGAUCAGAUCAGAGAUCAAAGUGAGGCACUAGAUGCAUGGUUGUGGCAGCUUAGAGAUGCCGUUGAGGAAGCUGAGGAUGCGCUUGAUGAGCUAGAAUAUUACAAGCUUGAGGAAGAGGUGAAAAUGCGAGAUAACAAGGUGAGUGGCUCUUUUCAUAAGUUCAAGGGAAGGUUUGUCCAGCAGUUUAAUCAUGCAUUCAACACUGGGUCGCUGAAGAGGUUGAAAAGUGCUGUCGGGACUUUAGAUGAUGCUGUUUCUGGUGUGGAGCGUUUUCUCCAUGUUCUCAAUCAGUUUGAUAACAAGAAGAUGAAGAAUCACAGACAAGCGGUGGAUUCCAGGAACCAGCGCGAAACAAGCUCACUGCCUCCCAGCAUGGUACUUGGUAGGGAGGAGGAGAGGAAGGUUUUAGUUGACUGGUUGACCAAGGCUGAAAACAGUGCACCUGAACAAAUUGUCAACAAUGUCCCUAUAUUUUCUAUAGUUGGGAUAGGUGGAUUGGGGAAGACAACGCUUGCUCAAGUUAUAUGCAAUGAUAAUGAGGUGAUAAAGUGCUUUGAUUUCAUCAUCUGGACUUCUGUUUCUUUUGAUUUCGAUGUUGAAAGAUUAAUAAGAAAGAUUCUUCAAGACAUAACUGGAGAAGAAAUAAACAUUGUGGGCCUAAACCUAAAUGCUCUUCACAAGGCCCUCAAGGAAAAAUUGAGUUCCAAAACAUUCCUCCUUGUACUUGAUGAUGUGUGGAAUGAUCAGAGAGUUGAUUAUUGGGAUAACUUAGUACGACCAUUGAGAUAUGGAAAGAAAGGAAGUAAGAUCUUGAUGACGACUCGAAUGCAAUCAGUAGCUGAUCUUGCUGCAAGAGCAAUGCAGGUAGACGGCCAGUCUUUGAGAUUGAGUGGACUAGAAGAAGCUGACCUUCUUGUUCUGUUGAACAGUCAUGCAUUUUUCGGUGUUAAUCCUGAUGAUUACAGAAAUCUGCAGCAGAUCAGCAAGAAAAUGGCUGGCAAACUCUGUGGGUCUCCACUGUCAGCGAAAGUUCUCGGUGGAUUGUUGAACAGCAAAAGGGACAGUAGCACUUGGAACAAAAUUUUGGCAUCAAGUAUUUAUAUUAUACCACAGGGCAAGGAAGGGAUCAUGACAGUGCUAAGGUUAAGUUAUCAUCAUCUACAAACUCAUUUGCAAGCAUGUUUCAGAUACUGCAGCUUAUUUCAUAAAGACUAUGAGUUCACAAAGAAAGAGUUGGUGUACUUAUGGAUGGGUUCAGGACUGAUCCAACAUGUGGGGGGUGGCAUGAUGCCCGAGGAAGUUGGGAUGGAGUAUUUGGAUACAUUAACCAUGAAAUCUUUUUUCGACAUCAAAUUGAGGCCUCGUUCUCAUCGUGCUAUAAAAUGCAACUUGUUUGAUGAAUAUUACGAAGAAAAAUAUGUUAUCCAUGAUCUUCUUCAUGAGUUGGCACAUUCUGCUUCAGUAAAUGAAUGCAUCAGAGUUGAAAGAAAUUUUUCUGGAAUAAUACCAAAGACUGUUAGACACAUGUGCAUUGAACUCACAAGUCCUACUGUGGUUGAACAGAUUUCUCAAGUAAAGAAACUGCGCACCCUUAUCAUGCACUUUCAGGACCAAGAUGAGGAAGACCAAGAACUCAUAGUCGGUAAAGUGUUGAGUGUGGCAACAAGCUUACGGGUGUUGUCCCUAAUCACAAACUCUACCUGCAAGUUGCCUAAAACAGUUAAUGCUAUGGUGCACCUUCGCUACUUGUCUCUCAUCUGGGGUCGAAAAAACAUGACACAUUUCUCCUGGUUCCCACCCUCUGUGUACAAGUUAUACCACCUGGAAAUGAUGAAGUUUGAUAGUCCCCAAUUUGCAGUUCCUGUAAAGGGAGAAAUGGAGGGAGUAUGCAAUCUGGUGAAUUUACGCCAUUUACAGUUAUCAUAUGGCAUAAUGCCUAUGAUUCCUUAUGUAGGAAAAUUGACUUCUCUAUGUGAGCUAUAUGAUUUCCAGAUCCAACAGCAAAGCGGCUACACUAUCGGCGAACUCAAGAAUCUCAAGAACAUCUGCCACUUGCAUGUUUCAGGUCUUGACAAGGUAAACAGCGCAGAGGAAGCUGCUGAAGUCAUGUUGGACCAAAAAGAGAAGCUAUCUGCAGUCACAUUUAGUUGGUCUCCACGCCCUGAAGACCUACUAAAACUUGGCUCAAGUUCAUCUGACUCGUGUGACCCAAGCAAAGCUGAGCAGAUUCUUGACAAACUUCAACCACAUCCCAACUCUUGUAAAUUGAAGAUUCAAGGAUAUCCUGGUUCUCGAUCUCCAUGUUGGCUGGAAAGUCUCGAACUCAUUAAUUUGACAUUUCUCUGUCUGUGUGAUUGUAAAGUACUGCAGCGUCUUCCACCUAUUGGGCAGUUACCUUCUCUCCAGUAUCUUUACAUAAGUAACAUGGAAUCAGUCGACCGUGUGGAUUCUUCGUUUUAUGGGAGUGAUAAGCCUCAUGGACUGCGAUCCCUUAAGGUACUAGAGAUUGAAGACAUGCCAAGAUGCACUGAAUGGGUUGGACUGGAUGAUGAGAACUUAUUUCCUAGGCUUGACACACUAGUAGUGCGCAACUGUAAGGAGUUGAGACAUGUACCAAUUGUACCUAUCAGUAUUCAACAUGUUGAAAUUCAUUGCGCUGGCCUGAGGGCUCUGCCGCCAUUGUUUGUGACCUCCGAUACAAGUUCAUCAUCAUCACCGGCCCUGUCUCUUUCAAAGUUAGUGAUUUCUCACUGCCCGGAUCUGGCAACUUUGUGGCAGGGGUGCUCUUUUCCUGCUCUCGAGGAAUUGUCCAUCAAACAAUGCGUGAGUCUGUCAUGCCUGCCAGAAGAUUCCUUGUGUUCACUUUCUAACCUGAAGACCUUCGAAAUACUGAAGUGUCCAAAUUUGAUGACAGGAGAGAUCAGGUUGCCGCCUACAGUAAGAUCAUUCACACUAGGAUCAUGCAGCAGUGCUGAAUCGCUACUGUUUAAAUCCUUGCUAGGUCUCAUAUCUCUGAAACGGCUGUAUUUAGAUGGUUGUGCAAUGCUGUCACUGCCUUCAGACGUAUUUGCAUGCUUGACAGGGCUAACUGAUAUUAUGUUUAUUGGUUGCGCGAUGACAUCUUUCCCCUCUGCAGAAGCCUUUGCAGGAUUGACAAGUCUUGAAAAUCUAGCCAUCUGGGAUUGCAAAGAUCUAGCAUCACUUGAUGGAAUUCAGGGGCUCCCUUCACUCACGUUGUUGCAAAUCAGUGGCUGCGACAGACUUGUUGAAGACAUGUCUGUUCAGUCAGCAGAGAGUGCUGAUUUAUCUGGGUGUACCUUGGAGCUCUGUGAGCUUGAUAUUGACCACUCAUCUCUCUUACUCAAAGAGCCAUUACGAAGCAUAACCACUGUAAAGAGGCUUCGAAUUUCUGGUGGUCCUGAACUAAAACUUUUACCUGAGGAAUGGCUUCUGCGCAACUGUCAAGCCCUUGAAGAGGUAGUAGUGGAUAAUGCUUCUGAUUUGCAAUGCUUACCACAAGAGAUGGCAAGCCUGACCUCCCUGCAGUCAUUGCAGAUAUCCCAUGCAAAUCUGAUUCAAACGCUUCCAGAUAUGCCUGCAUCUCUGAAUAAUCUACGCAUCCACAAUUGCCACUCUAAUCUCAAGAAGCUGUGCAAAAAGAACGUAGGCCCUGAUUGGGGCAAGGUUGAACAUAUUCACAAUGUGGAUAUUUCCUAA